AUGGAGGCUACGGCUUCGCGCGCAGCGCCACCGCGCCGCCUCGCCAGGCCAGGGCUAAAAAGACCGCGCUCUCCCACUCAGCUAAAGGAAGAGACCAACGAUCAUAUUGCCUGGCAGCAACAACCCCUUGGUGCUUUCGACCCCUCACCAGCAGCGCGGCAUCGCACUCGGGGUGCUGGGCAGGGGGGAGAGGGUGCUUCCGCUACCCGAGGCGCCAAGGAUGAUGACGGUUCUGUGGGCACCGGGGAAGGCGACGGCGGCAGGGGUCAUGUCCGCGGGCCAGGGAGGCGCUGGUCGGCAGCAGCAUCGCCCCUGCCUCGCCAGCGGGCGGCGGCGACAGCAGUCUUGGCGGCCACCCUCUUGAGAGCGACCGCCGCGGCGGCGGCGGCGGCGGCGGCGGCGGCGGCAACGUCGCCGCUGCCCGCCGACUUCCGGCCGGCGGCCACGGCGCUGUCCUCCAGGCUCUGCUCCCCGGCUGAAGACUCCCGGGCCUACGUUACCACCAUCGCCGCCGGCGGCUUCGGGGCGUCGGGCGGAAGCAACGGGGACAAGAGCGGCGACCGACUGCUGGGAGCGAGGGUUCUGGCGCAGUCUCUGAGGUCCGCGGGCGCGAAGGGCGACAUCGUGGUGCUGGUGCCGCUGGAGAGGGCGACCGGGCCGACUGUGGACUCGCUCCGGAGGGACGGACUCACGGUGCAGAUCGUGCCCAAGGGGCUGCAGUCCGCCGGAGGAGAGAUCGUAUCCGAGGAGCUGAUGACCAAGGUCUCCCUUUGGAGCCUGACGUCGUACGACCGCGUCGUGUUCCUGGACCCCCGGUCGCUGAUCCAGAAGAACCCGGACGCCCUGUUCGCCUGCGAGGGCUUCUGCGCGGCUGGGGCCGUGCACUCGCCGUCCUCGUCCCCUUCGUUUCGGCCUGGCUGGGCGCAGGAGGCCGGGGCUGCGGUCGGUGCCGCCGGGCAGCAGCAGCCGCCGCCGUUGUCUCUGGCGCACGGGUCGGGAGGCAGCGGUGAGGAGGACGACGACGACGACGAGCACGACGGAGCGGCGGCGGCGGCCGCGGCCGCGGCGGUCCUCGAGAAGCCGCUCUCGGUGCCGCCCUCCUGGCAGCCCUCCACCUCCGUCAUGGUCCUGGAGCCGUCCCUGGCGGUGCACGCGGCGAUGCUGGACAAGCUCACGCGGACCCCGGCGGCCGGCAGCCUCGAGGCGCAGGUGUUCCUGUCCUCGUUCCUGAUGGGGGCCGGCACCGACGCCGGCGACCGGUGCACUCAGUUCGAAGACCCGGUCGAGAACGCGCCGUCCGACCGCCGACGGAGCCGCGGCGGCGGACUUGUAGCAGGACAGGGUGGCGGCGGCGGGUGGGAGGACGAAGAAGCAAGAGGGGCUAUUUUCGAGGGCGACGGUGGCGGUGGGGGCGACGGUGGGCUCGGUGACGCAGGAGCAGGCGGAGGUGGCAGCUUCUUGGAGGACGCACUCAUGCCGGUGGUGCUCCUGAACGGGCCGCACGUCCCCCGGUGCAGUGCAGGGCGCAAGCGCACCUCGGAGGGCGUGUGCCAGCGCCUGCCGUACACGUUCGCGGCGCCGUCCACCGACUUCCAGGGCGGCAAGAACAGCUGGGGGGGCGGGGCGCAGAAGGACGACGGGGUGACUCCGGAGCCGCACAUCGUGCACUUCGCCGACGAGGACACGCCGUGGAAGAGGCUGGCGUACCUCCACAAGCCCCUGUUCUGGAAGUGGAACGCGUACCGGGAGCAGCUCGAGUACCCUUACGGCAACUUCUUCGCUCCGUGGGUGCUCUUCUUCAUCCCCUGCGUCGUCCUCGCGUUUGCGCGCGUCUACUACAAGACGGCGAGCGGCGGCAGCGGCGGGCGCGGCCGCAACCGCAGGACACCCUGCGGCGGCGGGGGCGGCGCCGCAGACUUGCCGCAGGACGGUUGCUCCCCUUCGAAGAGCCGGAUCCCCUGGCUGCGAAGUACGAAGCAGCUGCCGGAGCACCAGCAGCACCAGCAGCAGUUGGCAAUCCUUCCCGCUUGCGGGAUGGCCGCUGCGUACGACGGCGCCGCCACCGCCGGCACCGGCUGUCUCGAGGCGGCAGCGGCGUCCAGGUUUAGGAACUCGUCCGGCGGCGGCGGGGGCGGCGGCGGCGUCUGCAUCGCGGUCGGGGCGGACCCAUCCUCCUCGUCCCCCCCCUCUUGUCUCGCGGCAGGAGGAGAAGGAGGAGGAGAGCAGCAGUUACCGGUAGGGGUGUGCUACGUCCUGUCGGCGCUGGUCGGAAUGUAUGGUCUGUUGUGGUUUCGGGGGGCGAGGGCGCUGGCGCGCGAGGUGGUGGACGCCGGGUGGCACCCCGUUAUCUCGGUCUCGGUGCACGACGCCUGGCUGUGCUGCGCCCUGGUCGUCGGGCUGUACGUGAUGGACUACCUGUUCUUCGCCCUGCUGACCCGCGGCCGAACGCUGCCGAAGGACUCGGUUGCCGUGGCCGCCGUUGUUUUGGCGGCCCGAUUCCUGCAUUCCAUGGCGAUGGACGGCGAGGGGAGCAGCAGCGGCGGCGGCGGCGGCGGCGGGGGCGGGGACGUGAUCUGGGCGGGCGUCGUCGGCGCGGGGGUCAUUGCGCUUGGCUUCGGCCACGGCAGUCGCGCCGGCGUCGUGCACCACCUGUCCGGCCGCGCCCACUUCCGCUGCGUGGCGGCGAGCUGCGUCGUUAACACGGCGAUCUCGCUUGCUGUGUGCUGCGCUGGGCCGGAAGCGCACCGAGUGGCGACCCGCCGCAUCCAGUCGGCCGCCAUGACGGCGCAGAUGGUGUUCAUCGCGCUGGUCUACGCCUCGGUGAUCGGUGGAGCUCGCCUGCGGUCCGACAUCGACGAGGCGGGCUCGAAGAUCAGCCGCACGUGCUCCUCGGCCUCUUUCGUGGCGGACGCGUUGAUCGGGGCGGCGCCGGGCAAGGGCGGGAGCAGCACGGCGGUGGCGGCGGCGGCGGCACAGUCGCCGUUGUUGUUGGCACAAGAGAGAGCGACGGAGGGCCGCGCUAGCGGCGUCGUCGGAGGAGGAGGAGGGGGAGCGCAGCAGUGGAGCGCCGUCUCGUGGAUGAAAAAGAUCACGUGGCACCGCCGCCGGGUGGCGGCGGGGAUCGCGCUCCUGGUUCUCUGGAAGGUGUCCUCGGCAAACCUCCGACCGGCGAGCCCGGCCAGGCACUUCGAGAAGUACGGCCAGUCUUGUCUCGAGAGCCAGGCCGGGUUCGUCGAGGCGGGCGGCAAGCGCCUGUCCAGGGUGUGCGGGGCGGAGCAGGCGCUGCGGCCGGUCGCGACGGGGGCCUACUUCGAAGCCUUCCGGCAGGACAAGGUGUGCCUCGAGGUCGCGGGCGGGGGCUUCCUGACCCUGGGCCGGGUGCACGUCGCCCAGGCGUGCCUCCCUGAGUUCCAGUUCGUGUUUCAAGAGGUAGCGUCAACCAAGCUGUCGUCGAAGGACACGGGCGACGGCACCGGCGGCGGGGGGAUACUGGUCGUCGGAGGGGGCACCGCCGCGGAGAGCGUCGAGUACUGCAUCUACAACCCCGCGUCCGGGUUCUACCUUAGCGCGCAGGGCCGCCCGAGAGCGCAGUGCGGGGCGAUGGAGCACUGGCGCGUGAGGCCGGCCCCGCUCGCGCCGGGCCUGAAGGCCGCCGCCGCCGGCGGCGGAUCCUUAGCCGGGUCAGGGGGGACCUCGACGAAGGCGAAAUCGGUGUUUUCGGCCCUCCUCCACCCGAACUUCCUCUCGCGGGCCCCCCUACUCACCUUCUACGGGUAUCUCCUAGCGGCGACGGCUCUGCUCGUCGCCAGGGCCCUGUUCUGGAAGCUGGCGACAUCGCCGUGCGUGGUGGCGACCGGCCGCGGCGGCAGCAGCAGCAGCGGUGGUGGUGGCGGAGGCGGAGGCGGCCACAAGCACCACCGCGGUCUCGGCGCGCGGCAGCGGUCGAGGGGACGGGCUCACUCGCGUUCUCACGGCAGCAGCUUGGGCGGCUUCGUCGACACCGGGUAUCUGGGCGACCCGGGCUACGCUGGGGACGCGGAGACGGGCGGCGAGGUUACGCGUGGUCCCUCGGUUUCUCCCGUGGCAGCGGCGGGAGGCCCGCGGCCGGAGUACAUGGGCUGGGGUGUUGACGUGAUGGACAUGGACAGGCGAGGCAGUGCUAGGGGUUCAGGGACAGGGGGGAGGCAGGCGAGGCACACGUUGAAAAGAGAGGCGUCUUCUUCCGCCGGUUCCGCCGCUCCCACCUGUGGCGGGUUGCUGGCCAAGGUGCUCUCCGGGCUUGUCGUCGCCUGCGACGCCGCGCUGCUGGCCGGCCUGUGGUGCCUCGUCCCGGCGCACUUCGCGCAGGCGAUGAGCGCGCUGACGCGGGAUCACCACUCGGCGAUCGACCAGGGCCUAGGCAUGGACUCCAACGCGGCCCCGGCGGACAACGUCUGGUCCAGGAGUCUAGGAGAAGGGGUCGACAGCGGCGGCGGCGGCGGCGCGGCGAAGUACACCGUCCUCACCGGGGGCGGCGGUGAGGCGGAGUCGGGGGCGUCGGCGGCGCUCUCGUGCGACAGUGGGGCGUGGUGGCUCAUGUCGGCGCUCGUGCGCUGGCACCUGCUGUUUCUGCUGGUGGCGUUCUGCCACCUGCACGGCGCCGUCAGCGCAUCCUCCUCCACCGCGAGCGCGCAGCGGUUCCGAAACCGCCGCGCGGGCAAGAAGGCCAAGGCCUCCGCCGGCGCCGCCGAGUUCCGCCGCCGCUCGCCCCGGUCGUUCUGGGGCCUCCGGUCCGGCGAGCGCCUGGCGAUGCGGCUGCGGACGGCGAUGGGGGUCCUGACGCUGCUGUUGCUGUCGGCAGUGCUGCUGCUGCCGGAGAGGUCCGGCCUGCUGUCCGCCGGGCUCCACAAGCACCCCGGCUGGGCUCGGUGCGCGCCGGCGGCCGGCCUGGACGAGUCCUGGGGUGUCGUGUCACCCUUGCUCGUGUUCGCCGUGUUCGCGGCGACUUGCGGCGUGUACCUGCGGGCCGGGUCCUCGCCGGCCGUUCGCUGCCUCGCCGCGGCCGCGCUCGUGGUGGCGGGGGCGGCGGUCGCGGCGGCGUCAGGGCGGGAGUAUCUGGUCCUCGCCCUCGCGGCGGCGGCGAUGGACUGGGCGGCGUGGGCGAUCGCCGGGGUGAUGUCGUGCGUCUGCUACCAGACCGGGGAGGACGGCGACGGGGGCGGCCUGUCGACGACGGCCGCGCGGCCGCGGCCGCCGGCGGCGGCGGCGGAACGAGAAAGCAGCGGGAGCACCGACGGCGACGACGGUGGUCGCAGGACCGUCACGUCGACGGGGACGUCGAGAGGCAGCGGGGCGCGGCAUCGCAUGAACGAAGCGGCGCGGCGGAUGUCGCCGACGCGUUGGGUGGUGGGCAUUCGUGGGAGGGGCAGGAACGGAGGGCGGGGACUGGGGGAAUCGGUGGCGAGGAGCGCCGAGUCGAAUCUCUAG